GGAACUUUUGUUACGUGUGGAAAUCAGUGCGAAACUUUGUGUGAAAAUUGUGUUGAAAUUCGACAAGGAAUUUGUUGGCACAAGCAUAAAGAACAUUAUUGAACGAUGAAGUUCCGUGCCCUGAUGCAGGAUCCGAUGUACAUGCGCGAGUUUCAGGCCAUUGUUGCCACCCUGGCCAAGCUGGCCAAGGAGUGCGUCAUGAUCCUCGGCGAGCGGCAGAUGCACUUCAUCGUAAACGAGGACCAGAGCUCAACCUCUUCGCCCCUCGUUUGGGCCAGCAUAGCUGCCGAGGAGUACUUCCCGGAAUACCGGCUGGAGACUGCUCGCCCGGAUCAGGACUACAUAGUGCUGAGCAUGUCCUCAGCCAAUCUUGGCAGAGCACUGUCUGUGCUGCGGGGCGGAGGCAUCAGCAGCUGCAAACUGAAGCUGCAGAGGAUUCAGUUCCCCUGCAUCUCGGUGAUUGCGUCCGUUUCGUCAUCUUCCGUCACCGAAGAUCGGGAAGUGGUCCACGAUGUGCCCGUAAACAUAAUACCGGCCAGCGACUGGUCAGCCUAUGUAGUACCUCGAGUUCCCAACUCCCAGUUGGCUCUCUGCCUGCCCUCCGUCCGACUGCUCCGCAGCUUGAUCGACAAACUGAAGAACAUAUCCCCCAGCCUGAAGUUCCAAGCUAGCUUCGAUGGCGAGCUCAGCGUGAUAGCCACCUCCGAAAUGUCGACAGUGACCAGUCGCUUUCAGAAGCUAGUGCCCCGCUCUCUGACCGGAUCUGAGGAGGGGGCUUCCUGCUCCGUGGAUUCCCGCAAGGCGUCUGCGUUCUUCGGGGCCCUUCAGCUGCCCAAUGAAGAGAUGACCAUUAGCAUUGACCGGGAUCAGUCGAUCCACCUGCAAAUCUAUGUGCGCCAGGACGUAGUCCUUCACUCCAUUCUUCCCGCUGUUUGUAUGUAGUUGGGUUAAGCUUCUAAGAUUAGUUUACCUCGCAAACAAAUGUA